AGUCGUACCAAGUCCAACCAACAGUUUGGGGAGGAAAUGAAAAACAAAGCGCAGAAAAACCACCCAACUUCACCUUGGUUGAUGUGGAUAGGUUAGUUACACGGCGGCGUUCGUGGAGUUUGGAUCACGCAGUUAUCGGCAAAGUCGGCAAAAAAGUGCGCGUGGACGGUUGUGUAUCGCAGGUUUCAUUCCUGGAAGUGAGUGGCACUUGCGCGCAUCGCAGAUAUUAAGUACCUACCUGAACAAAUCAAACGUGGGUGAAAGGCGUUUAGUCAAACCGAGAGAAAUAAAAACGUGAGAUUGAGCAAGGGGCAGGUGGAAAAGUGUAAAAGAAAAACCUAGAAGUGAAAUAUUGGAAGUUAAGAAAACCAAAUCUACUGAAAGUGUCUGCGGUGAAAAAUUAUUAUCCGAAGAAGAAAAAUUCAAACGGCAUCUUACAUGUCUCUGUCGGCGGGGGUGGAACACUGAAUGAAAAACUGCUAGUGACCCCGGAUUGGAGCGGAUCGCAGAGAGAGAUCGUGGCGUUGUGGGGGCGGCAAAUCAACGAACGAUCAACAGCCAAACCAAACCGAAAUGCAACGGCGAUCGACGACGGCAGCAGCCGGAAUGGAUCUAUUUAUACUUUUUGCGGUGGCACUGUUUACUUUCACUGGAACUGUGAAUGGCGGAAACCUUGUGAAACGCAGUUUAAAAAAUACAGUGCCCUGCUUAGAAGAUGGGAGGUUUUAUAGGAAUCCCGACCGUCCAGUCCAGAAAAUGUGGACCAACACCGAAUGUGCCAAGUACUAUCUCUGCCUGGAUGGUGAAGUGUUCGAGUUCAAAUGUUCGGUCGGGCUGCUCUUCGACGUGACCCGCCAAAUCUGCGACUUCAAGCAGAAUGUCGAGAAUUGCGAAGUAACGGCAGAGGCUCGGGUUCCAAAGCCGCUGUUAAGUGCCGCCGAGUGUGAGGAACGUUCUCAGCUAGGCUGUGGUGAUGGCACUUGUCUGCCGAAUGAAUACUUCUGUGAUGGGUCCAUCGAUUGUCCGGAUGGAUCCGAUGAAGGGUGGUGCGAUGUCGAGAACGAUCCUAAUGCUGCGGAUCCCUGUGACUUGUCGGUAUGUGAGCUGCCGGAUUGUUUCUGUUCAAAGGAUGGAACGAUUAUACCGGCAAGGAUGGACCGUGCGCAAACCCCUCAAAUGAUAGUGCUCACUUUUGACGACGCCAUUAAUUUCGAGAAUUGGGAACUGUAUACCCAGAAAAUCUUCUUGUCGAACCGGAAAAAUCCCAAUGGCUGCCCGAUUAAGGCAACGUUCUUUAUCUCGCAUCAGUACACCAACUAUCAACAAGUUCAGAAAAUGUGGAACGAUGGCCACGAGAUAGCGAUACACUCGAUAACCCACCGAGGUCCCGAGGAAUGGUGGUCCCGAAAUGCCACAAUCGAGGAUUGGUUCGAUGAAAUGGUUGGUCAAGCGAACAUUAUUAACAAAUUUUCCAACGUCCGAAUGGAAGAACUCCGAGGAAUGCGGGUACCGUUCCUGAGGGUUGGCUGGAAUCGGCAGUUCCUGAUGAUGAAGGAGUUCGGAUUCGUGUACGACUCGUCGAUGGUGGCACCAUUCUCGAACCCACCCCUCUGGCCGUACACCUUGGAUUACAAAAUGCCUCACGCCUGCAACGGUAACAAUCAGUUCUGCCCUUCGCGAAGUUAUCCGGGAAUUUGGGAAAUGGUCAUGAACCAGCUGGAGGCCGGAGAGUACACCUGCGGGAUGGUAGAUACCUGUCCGCCGAACAUGAGCGGCGAAGAUGUGUACCGAAUGUUUGUGCACAACUUCAAAAGGCAUUACCACACGAAUCGGGCGCCCUUGGGUUUGUAUUUCCACUCGACCUGGUUCCGGAAGCAGGAGUACUUAGAAGCAUUUUUGCGCUUUCUGGACGACAUGCACAAACAGCCGGACGUGUACUUCGUCACUAACCACCAGGCGAUCGAGUGGAUCCGCAAUCCGACCCCGCUCAAUCAGCUCGCUCAUUUCGACCCCUGGAAGUGCAAACCGAAACAGCUGGACCCAAACGAGGUGGCGUGCAAUUUGCCGCGCACUUGCAAACUGCACAGUCGGGUACUGCAGCAGGACCGAUACCUGUUCACCUGUAACGAAUGUCCGGCACAGUAUCCUUGGAUCCGGAACGAGUUUGGCUUAGAUUAGAAGCGAUGGGGAGGGUGCCUCAUACUACCCAAUUAUUCUCGCUUUUUUGCGAGCAAUCUGGACAGGAAAAAGUCUCGUUAUUUGUCUGUCUUUUUUGUUUUAAAUAGCGUGUAAGCUUCUUAAUUUGUUGACAUGACUUGUUGCAAUAUUUAAUUUAUAAUACUUUUUAGGAGAAUAGAUGAAUAGUUCUGUUCAUUAGAUGUGUAUUUUUAGGUGCCAAAAAUCUUUCGAACCUCCCAGAAAGCUGUGAAUGCGUAUACAGAAGUUGAUCAGUUUAGCAUAUGUAGUUGUUGCAACAGAAAUUGAUCAUUUAAAUUGUGAAAACCAUUGUACAAACGAAAUAGAUUUUUUUGGCAACAUUUUGAAUAGCAAAAGGUGAUAAUUACACAAAAUUAAACAAUA